AGCCGUCCGAACAGUAACAUGGCGACAUGAACUUGCUCGCUAUGUGCUGGAAAAUAGCCGCGAUUUCACCAAAAAAUGACGACAGAUUCGUCUACAACGACACCAGCGGCCAAGAAAGAUGAAGCGGGCAAGGAGAAAAAGCUAACUCCUUAUGAGAAAGUCUGUAGUGAUGUAAACAAUGAUGAACGAUACCUGAAGGAACUUGCUCUGGGUAAACGUAUAGGUUUCUAUCGCUUACGCGGGGACUUAGGAAGCGGGAAUUUUUCCCGCGUAAAAAUGGGAGUUCACUGUCUAACAAGAGGUACGUACGUGUUACUACAUUCCAGUACGCGUUUAACAUUCAGUUAUAAAUACAAUUUUAUCGAUAUAUUUUAGAUAAAGUCGCAAUUAAAAUUUACGACAAAACAAAACUGGACGGGAAAACACAGCGGCUUCUUUCUAGGGAAAUAUCCUCUAUGGAGCAUCUUCAUCAUCCGAAUAUAAUACGACUAUACGAAGUCAUAGAGACGCUUACGAAACUACAUCUUGUUAUGGAGUUCGCGAAUGGUGGGGAAUUGUUUACAAAAAUAUCUACUGAAGGAAAACUUGCCGAGAAAACAACGAAACGAAUCCUUACUCAAAUAGUUGCCGCUUUAGAUCAUAUGGUAAGGAUUUAUAUCUGACAUAAAACACUAUACCAAGAUACUACUCGUGCUAAAGUAGCAAUCUUCCACUUCCUGACGGAUGCGAUUGAGUUGAUGCCGGUACAGACUUAUAUGCAAAGUACUUUCCUUUGCAUACCAAUAUCUCGUAUGUAUGGUUUUAGAAAAAAGUAUUCUUGAUAUUUAUUAUUGAUAACAAGAAUAUUAAUAUUAAGUAUGAUCUUUUUUACGCCUUGUUAUAUUUAAUUGCAACAUUUGAUUCUCCUUGUUAUAUUGCAAAAAUAUUUUCUUAUUAAUUCUUAUACUAUAUAAUGACUUAUUUCAACACAAUUCUGUUGUAUUUUUAGAAGCUUUACAUGUUGGGGACGUCUUAAGAACAAAAUCUGUAAUUUACUUCAUCAUAGAAUAUAGCACUAAGACUUAGCCACUAGAUAUAUAUCCAUUUUUACAAUUAUGCCUUUGGGCAUUGGUCGUAAAUUGAUUUUCCUCGUAGUUUUGAAAACGUUUGUUAUAAACAACAAAGUAGUCCAAUAUCAAACACAGAAUAAAUAUUGGUUUAAUAGCACCAGAUAUUUACAUAUAGUCUGAGUCAGUCAAGAGAAUCGUAUAUAGUCAUCGUGUUAUGGCAUUAAAAAGUUUUGCUAUAUAUGGUUUCAUGGUUCUAAAUAACCACUGCACAUGUUUCACUAGUUACAAUCUAUGCUUCAGCCAAGCUAUAUUGCUCGCUGAGUUCAGUUACAUUUAAAAACCCGGAUUCAAGCCUUUAAUCCCAACUCUAUAAACAGUAUAACCUUAUAUCCCUACCUGACAUUAACCAUAUAUACACAGUAUUAUAUAGGUAGGAAGAGCAAAUAGCUCUCUUUUAAUUUAAGGCCAUGUUACGACUAUCAAAUUUUGCUGCAACUUGUUGAAUGUUGGGGGUUUUUUUACACACCCCACACGACUUUGGAUCUUUUAACUCUUAAGGCCCAUACAUGCAGACCGGACGCGAUUUGGCAACGCGACGCAAAUUUUCAAUUUUCAAUGACAUCUAACUUUAACAUUUGCCAAACUCACUAUUAUGUGAAAAGAAUUUCCAUGGAAAAUGUUGACCUGCAUUUUACAUCGUCUUUCUCUGACACAUACUCCGCAUAGAACCUUGAGGACUGGAAAACGACCUUAAUGACUUGCAUGAAAACAGUCUUUUGCUGGGUUUUAACUAUUUGUUUAUCUUUAGCACAAGAAAAAUAUAAUUCAUCGUGAUUUGAAGGCUGAGAAUGUUUUCAUUUCUGGUACAAGUGUGGUGAAAGUUGGAGAUUUCGGUUUCAGUACAUCUGCUGCAGCUGAUGCAGCUUUGAACACGUUCUGUGGCUCGCCGCCUUAUGCUGCACCCGAACUAUUUAAAGACGAGUUCUAUUUAGGACCUUGUGUUGACAUCUGGGCACUAGGAAUAUUGCUGUAUUUCAUGGUGACAGGAGUCAUGCCAUUUCGUGCUGAAACAGUGGGCAAACUGAAAAAAUCUAUAUUGGAUGGGAUGUAUUUUAUGCCUGAUUUUCUAACAGACAGUUGUAAAUAUUUAAUAAGGAAAAUCUUGCAACUGAUUCCUAAUGAUAGACUCACAAUUGAACAGAUUAAGAAUUCCAAAUGGCUUCAAGGUGAAAAAUUUCCGUUGGAAGAUGAUAAAUACAAUAAACUUCCUCCUGCUCUUGACUCAUGCAAUGAGGAAGAAAGGGAGGCACGAUGUUCAUUAGAGGAACUUGGGGUACCUUUUCAAGAUAGUACAGGUACACAUAUGGAUGUCAGGAGCAAUGUAACUGGAACAUACAGAGUUGUACUUCAUAGGAUUCAGAAAGAGAAAUCCGAAGUAGAGCAGCCGUUAUUAAAAAAUGGUUUAACUAAACUUGACCAAGAUGAGUUUAUCACUCCAAAACAACCCAAAUCAAAAGUUUGUGUCAUUCUGUAGAUAGGAAUGUGAAUUCAGUUGUGAACUGGAGCUAACUUUGAAUUCACUCAAACAUGAGUAAGAAGUGUUCUUCCUGAGGCGGUUCCAAGUAUUUUUAACCAGUUGAGAAAGGAACAUAUUUAUAGAAGAUCAUUGACAUUUUGAAAUUUUGGGAUAUGGAUUGAUUUUUAGUAGCGAAAAUUCAUCUGUCAAUACGCAUCUCGAUCUUUCUGACGGUCCUCCGUUUUGGUGUACAAGAUGAAUCGUGCCAGAUAUUUUUCCGAUGCCUAUAAUACCAGGAUCAUCUGUCACUAUGUACAAGCUACGCGCAUACACGCCACUGAUACACGCAGGCGUGUCAGAGAUCGAAACAAUCAAACAAAAUGAAAGUUUGAAACUGUCAGUUUCUCCGUUAUUCUGAGUUACUAUAAAAAAAAUUCAUUUUCCAACUUUGGUUUUGUUCGACUCAUUUUAAAAUGUCAAGCUAGAUGUGAAUAUAAAAAUAGGAGGACGAGUAGUUGCAGUGGUUAAACCGGUGAUAAAACCUAUCACAAAGGGAACCGGUUUGACUAACUCACGGGCGUUCGUUGCGAGGGUUAGGGUGAAUGUUUAAACGAAAGCCAGGGGAAAGCCUCUUAGAGGCUAUGGACGCUAUUUGUAACAAAUAAUCCUGAACUUUGGCUUUAAUAUUCUUCAUAUUGACAAGGGUUUAAUUUCUAAUAUUGACAAUGGGGUUCAAUUUCUAAAAACAAUUAUUUCGAGACUACUGGAAAUUGAUUCGCAAAUAUCUUGAGAGAAAAUUUUGACUAUUAAUUCACACCGUGCAAUAACUUAUGAAGCUGCGCUCGUUGCUAAAGGGAUGGACGAGAAGGAGGUUUUCAGUGGCGGCUAUUUUUCAUGAUCGUUAAAACGUGAAAGAAUGAACAACAAGGGCGUCAAGACUUGCAACAAUUCUAAGCCUUAAUUAAGGCGUCAAGACACUUAUAACAAUUCUAAGCCUUACUCUAACACCAAUCCUAAACUUCAACCAUAAAGCGACCUCUGAGUUUAAAUUUUGAACUAUCCUGAGAAGUUGAAAACCUUCCUCAUCCACCCCUUUAGCCAUUACCACGAAGUUAAGUUAUAUUAUUAUUGUCAUUGACAGUGUAUAUUUAUAUUUAGCUAAUUUAUACGUUACUGUAUAUAUAUUUAUUACCAAUUUAUUUAUUAACGCACAUUUAUGCGGCCAUGC